AUGUUUCGUAUAGUAAUAAAAAAUAUUAUCCCUGCAAUAAACAGAAAAUCUCAACAAGAAAACACGGUUAGACUGUUUUCGGGAAAAAGAUUUUUAUCAAACUCAGUUGAAAAUGAUAAAUUUUCACUUAAACACAACGAAAUCGGCCGACCGCUUUAUUUUGAUGCUCAAGCUACAACGCCAAUUGACCCCAGAGUUUUAGAUGCUAUGUUACCAUAUCUAGUAACCUACCACGGUAAUCCUCAUUCAAGAACUCAUGCUUAUGGAUGGGAGAGUGAAGCUGCUGUUGAGAAAGCAAGAGAGCAAGUUGCUAAUUUAAUUCGGGCAGAUCCUAAAGAAAUAAUAUUCACAUCAGGAGCUACAGAGUCCAACAAUAUUUCUAUAAAAGGAGUUGCACGGUUUUAUGCACCACGAAAAAAGCAUAUUGUUACAACACAGAUUGAACACAAAUGUGUGUUAGAUUCUUGCAGAGUUCUAGAAGGGGAGGGUUUUAAAGUUACUUAUUUGCCUGUUGGAACAAACGGUAUAAUUAAAUUAGAAGAUUUAGAAGCUGCAUUAACACCUGAAACUAGUUUGGUAUCAAUUAUGACAGUAAAUAAUGAAAUUGGUGUGAAACAGCCUAUUGCAGACAUUGGAUCAAUGUGUAAGAAACAUAAAAUAUUCUUUCACACAGACUCAGCUCAGGCCAUUGGAAAAAUCAAACUGGAUGUGAAUGACAUGAACAUUGAUUUAAUGUCUAUAUCUGGUCAUAAAGUUUAUGGGCCAAAGGGAAUUGGAGCUUUAUACAUUAGGCGUAGGCCCAGAGUCCGAGUCGAACCUUUACAGAGUGGUGGUGGUCAAGAAAGAGGUAUUAGAAGUGGUACAGUGCCUACUCCGUUAGUAGUUGGUUUAGGCUCAGCAUGUGAAAUAUCAGAAAGAGAAAUGUCAUACGACCAUGCAAGGAUGGAAAAAUUAGCAAAGAGGUUUUUAGACAAAAUAAACUCAAAGUUGACACAUGUAAUCCGAAAUGGAGAUGAAAAACAUUCUUAUCCUGGCUGUAUUAAUUUAUCAUUUGCUUAUGUUGAAGGUGAAUCUUUAUUAAUGGCUUUAAAAGAUAUUGCUUUAUCAAGUGGCUCAGCAUGUACAUCAGCAUCUCUGGAACCAUCAUAUGUAUUAAGAGCUAUUGGAACAGAUGAGGACCUAGCACAUAGUUCAAUAAGGUUUGGCUUAGGAAGAUUUACUACUAUGGAUGAAGUAGAUUAUACAGCAGAUAAAACAAUACGGCAUGUUGAACGUCUCAGAGAAAUGAGUCCCCUUUGGGAAAUGGUUCAAGAAGGAGUGGAUAUCAAAAAUAUACAAUGGUCUCAGCACUAA